AGUGGACGAUGCUUCCGGUCAUUACACUUCCGGUUUCUUCUAUGGCAACAACUAUUGGAUGGGUUCAUUGGCCCUUUGCGAAGCCAUUUACGACAGUGCCAGCUCCAGCUCCAGCUCGAGCGGCAACAACACCAAAGGCAACAGCAGCAAGGACAACAACAUCAACACAGCGAACGGGAACCGCAACAAUGGGCUGCCCUUCGCCGAGGCCUAUGCCGAGGCCUACAGCAGCGUCUACAACCCGCCGCCGCCCUUUAUGCCGGGCUUCUAUGUGCUCAAGCUGCAGCUGAACGAAACGAUGCCAACACAAAUGCUACGCACUAUUUAUAUGGGCGUCUGUUUGCCCUCGACCUGCAGCAUUGCCGAUGUGCACCGCAUGUCCAGCUAUGCGCGCCAGGAGCUGCCCAGCCGUGAGCUGCGCGUGCUGGACAUACGGGUGCCCACGGAUACGGAGUUCAACAUUUGGUCGGACAAGACCUUCUGCCUGCUGAUCGUGGUCUCUUGCAUUGUGCUUGGACUGAUCUGCUGCGGCACACUCUACGAGAUCUACCUGACGCGCAAGCUGAAGGAGGCGCUGCGCCUGCAGGACAAGGAGAUGAUGAACAACAGCGAGACGAGCUCGGGCAUUGGCUGCGCCUCCUCCGACUACAGCGACACCAUGACCGCCCACGAGGAGGCGCUCAAGCAAUCGAAUCAGUCCGGCUCGCUGAAGCAGCUCGAUCAGCUGGUGCUUCACUUGCCGCCCAGCGACAAUGACAGCGGCAAUGGCCAUCAUCACGAGCACGACCACGAUCACGAUCACGACCACGAGCACGAGCACGAUCACGAACUCGAGCAUCACGAUCACGAGCGCAUCAAUGUGCAUCAUCAUCACCAUCACAGCCAUCAUCAUCGGCAUCAUCAGGGCGUCAGCAUCGGCAGCGGCAGCGGCAGCGGCAGCAGAAGCAGCAGCAGCGGCGGCGGUGGCGGCGUCAUUUCCGGCUCGGGCAACAAGAGCGGCAACAACAACAACAACAGCAACUCAGACGAGCACCUGGAGGGCCACCUGCACGAGCCCGAAAAGCUAAGCAUCUACUCGGAGCUGCUGCUCUCGUUCUCGGCAAUCACGAACUUCAAUGCCAUCUGCGAUCGGAACGUGGGCGCCGACACAAUACCCUGCAUCCAUGGGCUGCGCGCCUUCAGCAUGGCCUGGGUGAUCCUCGGACACACGUGCAUUGUGGUCUUCAAGUACUCGGACAACAUGGAGAUGCGCAAGGAAGUGGAGCAGAACUUCUUCUUUCAAGCAAUCACCAACGGCCCCUUCAGCGUCGACACCUUCUUCUUCAUCAGCGGCUUUCUGAUCUCCUAUCUGUAUUUCCGCACGAACGCCAAGGGCAAGCUGAACAAGCUGAGCAAGGGCGCCAACGAAUUCACAGCGGGCACCGCUCACUUUUUUGGCCUGGUCGCUUAUCGGUUCAUGCGCCUCACAGCGCCCUACCUGUUCGUGCUGGGCGUGGUCCAAGUGACUAUGAGGUAUUUGGCUGCCUACUCCAUAUUCGACCCGCCGACCAUGGACCAUGUGACCUGCCCGGACUACUGGUGGCGCAACAUACUCUACAUCAAUACGCUGUUUCCCGUCGAUGAGAUGUGCAUGUUGUGGAGCUGGUAUCUGGCCAAUGACACGCAGUUCUAUAUGAUCGGCGCUAUAAUCCUGAUAGUGGGCGUGCGCCACUUCAAGCUCUCGGCCAUAACGACCUUGGUGUUUCUGGUGCUCUCCUGGAUAACCACAGCGGUGAUUGCCUUCACGAACAAUCACAGACCCAACACCGACGAUCCCCUGGCUCUCUUCGACAAGAUCUACGACAAGCCCUGGACGAGAUUGGGCCCGUACCUGAUUGGCAUGGCCGUCGGCUGGAUACUGUUCCGCACCAAUUGCAAGAUUCGCCUGCCCAGGCUGACGGUUGCUACGGCCUGGACGCUGGCGAUGCUCAAUCUGUUCGUUCUGGUCUUCGGCCUGUACCGGGCCGAUCUGUCACAGUUCACAGCGGCCGCCUAUAGCUCGCUGAGUCAUUCGGCCUGGGCGCUAUCCCUGGCCUGGAUAACGAUCGCCUGCUCGACGGGCUAUGGUGGCUAUAUCAACUCGCUGCUGUCGGCGCCCUGCUUCUAUCCCUUCUCCCGUGUCACCUACUGCGCCUACCUGGUGCAUCCCAUAGUCAUACGCUCCAUGGCGCUCAAUUCCGAUGCGCCGCUUCACCUGGGCGGAGAUCUAAUGGUCGUCAUGUUCUUUGGUCUGACGGUCGCCUCGUAUUUCCUAUCCUUUGUCGUCUCGAUGUCGUUCGAGGCGCCCGUUGUUACAAUGCUCAAAAUCUUGUCACCUAGUCGAAAAAAACGUCUCGCCUAAGUCCGGGCUCUCCCUGCUCUAUUUAUGCGAAUAUCUACUAUAUAUAUAUACACCUACCAUAUACAUACAUAUAUACCAUAUAGCGAGAAUUUCCAUCAUCCCUCACUCUCUCGGUCUCUCUCUCUCUCUCUGUCUCUCUUUCAAUCUCAUUUGCUAUUCUAAAUCGAUUCGCUCUUCUCGCACAUUCUCAAACAAAAUUCUCCACAUAUUUAUAGCAUCGACCGUUCAUACAUAACUUUACAUUCCUUGCACGAUUCCUUCUUUCUUCUAUUUGUUAAUCCACUUUUAAUCACAAUUUUUAACUACUUAUAUAUACAUAUAUAUGUAUACUAUACUUUUUUUUUUUGUUUCGUAAUGUGUACAUUUUAGUCGUUUAAUUUAUUCCAAAGGUUUGGAAAUUUUUGUGCGUGACGAAAACAUAAAUAGUACUUAGUAGCUAUAAUUAUAAAAAAA